UUGUUGAUUCAGUCUUCCAAGAAACCAUGUCUUCUGCACAGGACGGGACUUUUCCCACAGUGAAACUUUCAAAUGGGCUGCAAAUGCCAAUGCUUGGAAUAGGUACAUCCCGGGUUGGAGGAUUCUCUCAAGAUGCUGUUCUGUAUGCAGUCCGUGAGUGUGGCGUACGCCUCAUUGACACUUCAAAGUUUAACGGCUUUGAGGUGCAGCUGGCUGAAGUUUUCAGAGAUAGUGGGGUACCCCGAAGUGACCUGUGGGUCACCAAUAAACUCUGGCCAUUGGACUAUGGAUAUGAAACUGCCAAGAAGGCCUUUCAGAAAUCCUGCUCCCAGAUGGGAGUGGAAUACUUAGACAUCUACAUGUUGCAGUGGCCCAACUCGAUGCAGCCUGGAAGCUCCAACAGAGAACUGAGAGCUGAGUCCUGGAGAGCUUUGGAAGAUCUUCUUGAACAGGGGUUGUGUCGUUCCAUUGGGGUUAGCAACUUUGUGAUUCACCACCUGGAACAGAUAAAGCAGGACUGUACAGUGGUGCCACAUGUUAAUCAAGUGGAGUACCAUCCGUACCAGCAGCCCCAUAAGCUGAUGGAGUACUGCCGUCAGGAGGGUAUCGCCUUUCAGGGGUACUGCCCUCUGGCCAAGGGUCAAGCUUUAAGCGACACCACUAUUAUCCAGCUGGCACAGAAGUAUGGACGAACACCUGCUCAGAUCUGCAUCCGCUGGAGUAUUCAGAAUGGAGCCAUUACAAUACCAAAGUCAACCAAAAAGGAGCAUGUAGAAGAAAACUGUCAGGUGUUUGGAUUCCAGCUGGAGGAGGAAGACAUGGAGGCUAUAAAGAACUUGCACGAUGGGAGACAUGUUUCCUGGGAUCCAACAAAUGUGGAGUAACACAAGGCAUGUUUGCUGCAGAAGUAAAUAACUAAUGUCUGCUGAUUAAAAAAUCAUUUUCAUUGGU